CGCCACGCAACCGAACCGACCCACCAGAGCGCGCGAACAAAAACCCCAGGCGCGCCGCCUCGCCCCCCAUCCUCCCUCCCAUCUGAUCAAAUCCCCCACCGCGAGAGCUCUCGAUCCCCGCGCGCCCAUCCCGAUCCCGAUCCCCACCGCAACUCCGCGCGCGCUUCGCGAUCUCGAUCCGCCUCCCGCAAGUGCUCCUCCCCGUUCCUUCUCCCCCGAUCCACCCAUGCCCCUCGAUCUGGCUCCUUCCACUCCCGCGGCGGCGGUGGCGGCGGCGGAGGAGGAGGAGGAGGAGGUGGAGGUGGAGGCGGAGGCGGAGGCGGAGCGGCCGUGGCCGCCGCCGAUUCGGAUGAAGCUGGCGCCCUACGCCAUGUACCGCGUGUUCGGCGCGGGCCCGGCCGGCGAGAAGCUCGGCUGCGCCUACGUGGCGCUCCACUUCGCGCUCUACGCCGCCAGGGCGCUCGCCCUCUCGCCGGUCGCCGAGCGGGCCGCGUUCUGGUCCCCCGUCCACGCCGCGCUCCAGUGCCUCUGCUACGCCGCCACGGCGCUCGUCGCCUGCGCCUUCAUCCGCUGGUACAUGGCCGUCGACGGGGUCUACGUCGUCGAGUUCGAUCCGCCGCCGGAGCUGCUGGCGGCGGGUUCGAGUACGACGCCGCCGGCGGAGGAGCAGCCCCCGUCCCCGCCUCCUCCGGCGAUGGACAUGUGCUAGGUUUGGAUUAGCCCCGUGCGGUAUGUGUUCGCUUGCCUGAAUUGCGUUUUCUAAAUUCUAACCCCAUUGCAGGUUGUGAUUUCCUUGCUCGAGGUACGUGCCCUCCCCCAGACCUGUCUUUGAUUCGACAUUUGUCACUGCAUAACGUCUUGGAUUGUCGUAUUGCUUGAUUGUGCUGCUACUGGCAUUAGCUUUUUCAUGUGCAAUUGGUUUUCUGUAACUGAGAUUUGAGAAGACCUGGAUUUUAGGUUCGGCAUAUAGUUAUCUGCAUUGUAGAUGGCGAUUAUUAGAUGGUCUGGCACAUAUUGCUUUGCCUAUGGUAGAUUGGAUGAGUUUGUUUCCAUUUAGUGUAGUAUCUCGCCAAGAAAAUGACGUGAAGCAUGACCAGUGUGCUGUUUUGGGCUGUAGGGGUAUUCUGUUUUUAUUCUUGCAAGUUUUGUUUGGUCAAAAUAUACUAGCUGGUUCCUUAAUGCUUGCUUGCUUAGUUUUUGUUGACACAUAGCAAUUAUGAUUAUCUUUAUUUUUUUUGUGAAAUACAAUCUUGUCAUAAUUCAUUGCACGGGCAUGAAACAGUAGUCAUGAUUAUCAUCAUUUGCUAGCCAUUGCUUUUCUAACCCAUGUUUGAAGGUUAUGCUUACUGCAGAUUUGAUCUCCUUAAUUUUUCCAGGGACUUCGCCUUUGCAGUGCACCAGAGGUGACGAUCUGUCUUGACCAGCUAAGGCGAGUGCACUAUUGAAGUUGAAGUUAAUCCUGGAACAUAUCAAGUGAUGAUCGCCAUUGCAGUGCAACAGAGGUGACGAUCUGGCUUCACCAGCUAAGGCGAGGGCACUAUGAAGUUGAAGCCAAUCCUGGAACAUAUCAAGUGAUGAUCACCAUGCAGUGCAACAGAGGUGACGAUCUGGCCUCACCAGCUAAGGCGAGUGCACUACGAAGUCAUGAAGCCAAGUCUGGAAUGUAUCAAGUGAUGACUUACUGCAUGAUUCAGACACCAGCGAAGUCAAGUCAGCACGGCGGCGUUGAGUUUUUUCUUUUAAAGGGUGGAAUCAACGAAGCGGGCUGGCGAAGAAAUGGGACGAUGGAAGGACUCCAGUGGGCUGCAAACAAAGGGGGAGUCACAUGUGAAUGUGAAGAUGCAAUCACAUGAGGUGGCAGUGGAUUUCAUCCAGUGGCAGAGGACAAAAUCCAAUUGAGUAUGGCGAAAUCCAAUACACGGCGUCUUCUUCCUUCCUCUGAGCUCAGAUUGGAAGCACAGGAGUACAAGAUGACUGCAGCCAUGAGCCAUGGCACCAAUUCAUGGCCGAAUGAAGUUAUCGCCAUACCAGGUCCGCCACCCCUGAUUUCAUCACGUGUAAAGCAGUCUGAAUGUGAAGGUGUAAUGAGAUCACUGCCCUUGAAUAUUAUUCGAAUAGAGUUGUUGAGUUGUACCUUUCUAUAAAUACUAAUGUGCUAAUUUUGGCAGAAUUUUUUCAAUAGCAGACUUUUCAGUCUUGAAUGAAAGAAAAUUUGGUUGAAUACAA